AUUUCCCCUUAAAAAUCUCCAUUUAUCUUCUUCUAUUUACCACUAUCAUAUUCCAUUGACGGUGUUUCCUCCGGCGAAGGUAUUAUUUCUUUCUCAAAUUCCCACAGAAACCCUAAAAUCUCUAUCUUCUGCCACUCCAGUUCCGUCGCCGGGCGCCGUCUCUCACUCUUCAUCACUUUCAGUUAAUCCUUUUAUCAGGUAAGCUCGCAGGAGGGGAAAACAUAUACAAACGAGCAUAUUGAUAUGGCUAGUGUCUUCUUGGGCCCAACCUUUAGCUCCUUCACUGUUAACAAAAUUAGGACAGAGUGCAGAAAACCAAGCACUACAAAUGGUCUACAGUUUGGUGCUAUAAAGGCAAUGCGUAUGGAGAAACCUUUGGAAGAAUUGUACAAAGUAAAAGUGGAACGAAAAGUGUCGCCGGAGCGAGUGGCGGAGCUCGGUGUUUCGAAAUGGUCGAUGUGGAAGACGGGCAAGGCUAAGUUGCCAUGGGACUGGCAAGUGGACCAGCUGGUUUACAUUGAGGAAGGGGAAGUGAGAGUUGUGCCUGAAGGAAGUAAGCGCUUUAUGCAGUUUGUGGCUGGAGAUUUAGUCCGUUAUCCCAAGUGGUUCGAGGCUGAUCUUUACUUCAAUGGUCCGUACCAAGAACGUUAUCGUUUCCGAGCCUAUGGUGAUGACUAAUGGAGCUUUUACCACGUGGAUUCUAUGUGCUAUUUCCAUGUUGCACCAGAGCAGAAAGCUUGUUCUUUGUAUGUUAGAACUUAAGAAGUAUAAAGUUGGUUGGUUUGUUGGACUUGUUUUUAACAGAGAAUCAAUUUUGUUAAAUGAUCUCUGAUCAAUGUGUAUGAUUAUUAGAGUUCGUAUUUA